CUCACAACACUGUAAUUUAGUCCCGCUUUCUUUUCAUCUUUUAAUACCCCCACUGUAUUUAUACUUCACUGAAAAAAUUCUCCAAGAAAUUAAUUAUCAGUUUAACAUCCUUAAUCCCCUCUUUGUAUCUGUUUAAAGUCAGUCAAAGUAAAUUAAUGGAUUCUUUGUUGAAAACUUUGUUUUUGGUCAUGUUUUGUUUGUUGGCUCCAUUGGUUACUAGUGACUUGGAUUUUGUCGAUCAGUCAGAAUUGUUGAACGUUCCCGUUUCGCAUUUUUCUUAUUCUGUGAGGUCUACUAUGGACACUGUUCAUCAGGUGAUCUCCACGUUGUCGAAUUUCACAGACAAAUUGGAUGGAUUUCGACUCUCUAAUGCUCUUUCAGACUGUCAGGAUCUAUUGGACCUUUCAGUUGAUGAAUUAAAUUGGACUAUGUUGGCUUCUCAGGAAUCAGAUGGUAAAAAUAAUAGCUCUGAAAAUUUACUUGCUGACAUGAGGGCAUGGUUGAGCGGAGUAUUGAUAAAUCAAAACACUUGCCAAGAAGGUUUUGAUGGUACAAAUAGCACUGUCGAGAGUUUUGCUGGCAACGGACUAAACAAAAUCACAUCAUCUGUCGACGACAUUCUUUCCAUGGUACGAACAACCCCAGACGGCACUGCUGAUGGUAGUGGAGGCGGUUCUGGUGGCAGGAACGUUAGGAGAAACGACAAAUUUCCAGAUUGGCUGAAAUCCUAUGAUGGGAAACUCCUCGAAGGUGGCAACUACACGAUAGUAGAUGCGGUGGUGGCGGCUGAUGGCACGGGGAAUUUUACUAGGAUCAUGGAUGCUGUCUCUACAGCCCCAGAUUGCAGUACACGACGAUAUGUGAUAUACGUAAAACGCGGUAUUUAUGAAGAGUAUGUAGAGAUCGGCAAGAAGAAGUGGAAUAUAAUGAUGAUUGGAGAUGGCAUGGAUGUUACGAUUGUUUCCGGUAAUAGGAGCUAUGUGGGUGGCUGGACCUCGUACGGUAGUGCAACUUUUGGAGUUAAGGGCAGAGGAUUCCUUGCACGGAAUAUGACAUUUGAGAAUACGGCAGGCCCCCUUAUGCACCAAGCAGUUGCUUUUCGAUCUGAUUCCGAAUUUUCAGUUGUGUACCACUGCGCCAUUAGGGGAUACCAAGAUACAUUGUAUGUACACUCUUUGCGCCAGUUCUACAAGGAAUGCCGAAUUACUGGCACAGUUGAUUUUAUUUUUGGCCGUGGUACUGCUGUCUUCCAAAAUUGCCAAAUUCUAGCCCGAGAAGGGCUUCCGAAUCAAAAGAACACCAUCACAGCACAUGGGCGUGAGCUUUCGACUGAUUCUUCCGGCUUUUCCAUACAAUAUUGUGACAUUUCAGCAGAAUCGGACGUCACCAUCCCAACAUAUCUAGGUCGUCCAUGGAAAAACUUUUCGCGUACGGUUAUUAUGAGAUCGAACAUUAGCAGUGCCAUUAGGCCUGAGGGAUGGCUUGAAUGGAAUGGAAGUUUGUACCUAGAUACUCUAUUCUAUGCAGAAUACAGGAACUAUGGACCCGGGGGAGAAUUGGGAGGCCGAGUGAAAUGGCCCGGUUACCAUAUACUUAAUGGCUCGGACCAAGUGAAGCAGUUUACAGUGGAUGAAUUCAUUGCAGGAAAUACAUGGUUGCCUUCCACAGGAAUCGGGUACACGGCUGGCUUGGAAAUUUGAGAUGAAACUUUUUUUGAGAUAGUUUGUUUUGUUCCAAGGUCGAAACAAUGGAAAGGUAGAUUUAAUAAUGAGCUGAAAGGAAAAAAAAAACUAUUUUGU